AUGAACUGCAGCGAGAGCCAACGGCUGCAAACCCUCUUGAACCGCCUGCUGCUGGAGCUGCACCAUCGAGGCAACGCCAGCGGCCUGGGUGUCGGCCCGGGCCCGAGUAUGGGCAUGGGGGUCGUGCCUGACCCCUUUGUGGGCCGCGAGGUGAUCAGCGCCAAGGGCAACGAUGCUUAUCUCUACAUCCUGCUCAUCAUGAUCUUCUAUGCCUGCCUAGCCGGAGGCCUCAUCCUGGCCUACACCCGCUCCCGCAAUCUCGUCGAGGCCAAGGAUGAGCCACCCCUGGCCUGCGUUGCUGAGCAGGAAUGGGUCCCCACCGCCUCCGCAGACCCGGAGAAUGGUCAGGGCUUGCUGGCUGAGGGCGGCCGCCAGCUCGCACUGGGGGCGCUGCCUGUGAUAGCCCAGGGCGAUGAGCGGGUCUAGAUCCACUGCCCUCCUCAUUUUGCUUAUCCCUGUGCCUGGCUCCUGCUCUUUCACUGUCCUGAUUUCUGAGCUUGCUUUACCCGGGGCCCAGAUGAUGAUGAGAGGUCAAAACACCUUCAAGGCAAGGUCCUGGGAGGAGAUGCAUCGCCUUACUCACACCUGACCACUUUCUCUCUCCCCUCCCUUCCAUGCCAGCACCCCUAUCCCGCACAUGCAACUGAAUUAAAUUGCCUCUGCUCUCUUGUCUUCAGCCAGCCCCAACACCAUGCUCCAGCCUUCUGGGAACAGAAUCCAGCACGUCCAACA